UAACGUUUUUGUACCUGCGCUCCGGCAUUCGAAAUACACCGCGUUGUAUUGCCUUUUUGUUUCUCUUCAUUGUUAAGUAACAAACUUCUAUUUUCGUUAGUUUAGUUGCAUCGCAAUUUGCUUUUACAGCUUUUUGCGCUGAAACUAUUGCAAUGAAUGAUAUUCGUCGUCUGAAGGAACAACAACGAGAAAAGCAUCCUGGUUUCAGCUCCUACUUGGAAUGUAUGACUAGAGCUCUGUUUACCGGUUUGACAAGCUUCACACUCGGCUUUUCAGCAACGUACUUUCUUCAAAAACUACUCACUAAAAGGCUACCUUACUCUCAGAAGUCGGGAAUCCUGGUGUCGUCUUUAAUUGCAACCGGUAUUUCCUAUAAAAUUACAUCGGACCGUACUAAGGCUUGUCAGACCGGGUGGUUGGCUGAUGAGGGGAAACUGUCCUCCGCAACUGAUGACAGCAAGGAUCAGUUGAACUGA